AUGUUGAACAAGAACAUUCUGCUGUUGGCUCUUCAGAUAAGUCUCUUAGGAACCACUCUUGGUGGGAAUGUUUUGAUUUGGCCAAUAGAAGGUAGUCAUUGGCUAAAUGUUAAGACAAUUAUAGAUGAGCUAAUUAAAAAAGAGCAUAAUGUGACUGUCUUAGUUGCUUUUGGUGCACUUUUCAUCACACCGACUUCUAACCCAUCUCUGAUAUUUGAAAUAUCUAAAGUGCCCUUUGGCAAAGAAAGAAUAGAAGGAUUGAUGAAGGACUUUGUUUUGACAUGGUUGGAAAAUAGACCAUCUCCUUUAACCAUUUGGAGAUUCUAUCAGGAGAUGGGCAAAGUCAUCAAGGACUUCCAUAUGGUGGCUAGAGAAGUCUGUGAUGGUGUUCUCAAAAACCAAAAUCUAAUGGAAAAGCUGAAGAAAAGCAAAUUUGAGGUCUUGGUGUCAGAUCCAGUAUUUCCUUGUGGUGAUAUAAUAGCUUUAAAACUGGGAAUUCCAUUUAUAUACUCUUUGAGGUUUUCUCCAGCCUCAACAAUGGAAAAACACUGCGGGAAGGUACCAUACCCUCCUUCCUAUGUUCCUGCUAUUUUAUCAGAACUUACUGACCAGAUGUCUUUCACCGACAGAAUAAGAAAUUUCAUUUCCUACCAUCUACAGGACUACAUGUUUAAUAUGCUUUGGAAAUCAUGGGAUUCCUACUAUAGUAAAGCUUUGGCCAAGGAUGGUAGCCAUCGGUUAAACACUAAGAUCAUUUUAGAAGAGUUGAAUCAAAGAAAUCACAAUGUGACUGUACAGGCUUCAUCAGCGACUCUAUUCGUCAACUCCAGUGAUGAUUCUCUUGUGAAUUUUGAGGUGAUAUCUGUUUCCUACAAGAAAAGCAACAUCGGCUCCUUAAUUGAACAUCUGAUAAUGCUGUGGAUAGAUCACAGACUGACUCCUCUCACGCUCUGGACUUUUUACAAAGAACUAGGAAAACUCCUACAUACUUUUUUUCAGAUUAAUAUACAAAUCUGUGAUUGAGUAUUAAAGAACCCCAAGUUAAUGGCAAGACUUCAGAAAGGAGGCUUUGAUGUGCUGCUAGCCGACCCAGUAACAAUCUGUGGAGACUUGGUUGCUCUGAAAUCAGGAAUUCCAUUUAUGUACACUUUGAAGUUCUCUCCAGCCUCAGCAGUAGAGAGACACUGUGGAAAAAUCCCAGCACCUGCCUCCUAUGUACCUGCAGCACUUUCAGAGCUCACUGACCAGAUGACCUUUGGCGAAAGGGUUAAAAAUACCAUAUCUUAUCCACUGCAAGAUUAUAUAUUUCAGUCCUACUGGGGACAAUGGAAUUCAUACUAUAGCAAAAUCCUAGUGGUAGUGCCUGUGAACCCAAUAACUCCGAACACUGCAGAGGAACCUGUGACCCCCACUUCCCUCCAUCUUUCCCCACCCCCUGUGGAGAACAAGCCUAUGCGUGACUCAGGAGAUGGCAGACAGAGCAGAAGCACCCACUAUCCUGGAGCCUCAGGCAGCAAUGCCAGUGACAUCAGCAGCAGCAAGGCACCAAGGACUCCAAAUCCUGAAGCCUUGUUUCCUUGUGAAAAGGAGCUGUUUAUUUCCCUUGAAAUUUUAUCUGUGGGAACCUUUGAAGCUGGGCAAAUAUUCAACCUCUGUAGAGAAAUGAGUGAGGCAGCUGCUGUCAUGGUGUCUGAGAAAUGGGUUUCAGCAAUUCUACUGCUGCAGCUCAGCUUCACUGGCUGUGGAUUCUGUGAGACGGUCCUGGUGUGGCCCUGUGACAUGAGUCAUUGGCUCAAUCUAAAGGUUAUUUUGGAGAAACUCACAAAAAGGUGCUACGAAGUAACUGUGUUGGUGUCUCCACAAAAUCUCAUCACUGAUCACAACAAGCCUUCCACACUGAACUUUGAGGUGGUCCCUGUGCCACAGGACAGAAAGACUGCUGAAAAUACACUAAAUGACUUUUCAGACCUGUCUGUUAACGUCAUGCCAUCAUUGUCACCCUAACAAUCAGCAAAACAGCUGCAAGAAUUUUUUCUUCAAAUAAGUAGACACUUAACACUUCUGUGUGAGAGUGUUGUCUACAACCAGUCAAUCAUGAAGAAGCUCCAGGAAACCAACUAUAAUGUUAUGAUUAUAGACCCUGUGAUGCCCUGUGGAGAGCUGAUUGCUGAGUUUCUGGGAGUCCCUUUUGUGUACACGCUAAGGCUCUCCUUGGGUAGCACAAGGGAGGAAUACUGUGGGAAACUUCCAGCUCCGCCUUUCUAUGUGCCUGUUGCCAUGGUAGGACUAACAGACAAAAUGACAUUUCCAGAAAGGGUAAAAAAAUUAAUGCUUUCCAUUUUCUUUGACUUCUGGCUCCAACAAUAUGACGACACUCAGCUUUGGGACCAGUUUUACAGUAAAGUAUUAGAAAGAAUUUUAUCUCUGCAGGAAAUGGAAGAAUUUGUCCAAAGUUCAGGCGAAGAUGGUAUUGUGGUGUUUUCUCUGGGGUCAAUGGUCAAAAUCCUCACAGAAGAAAAAGCCAAUCUCAUUGCCUCAGCCCUUGCCCAGAUUCCACAGAAGGUUUUAUGGAGAUACAAAGGAAAGAAACCGGCCACGUUAGGAGCCCAUACUCGGCUCCAUGAUUGGAUACCACAGAAUGAUCUUCUUGGUCAUCCCAAAGCAAAAGGUUUUAUCACUCAUGGUGGAACCAAUGGGAUCUAUGAAGCUAUCUAUCAUGGGGUGCGUAUGGUGGGAGUUCCCAUGUUUGCUGAUCAGCCUGACAACAUUGCUCACAUGAAGGCCAAAGGAGCAGCUGUGGAGGUGAACAUAAACACAAUGACAAGUGCAGAUUUACUCAAUGCCUUGAGAACAGUCAUUAAUGAACAUUUUUAUAAAGAGAAUGCUAUGAGGUUAUCACGGCUUCACCAUGAUCAGCCUGUAAAGCCCCUGGACCGAGCAGUCUUCUGGAUCGAGUUUGUCAUGCACCACAAAGGAGCCAAGCACCUGCGGCCAGCUGCCCACGACCUCACCUGGUUCCAGUACCACUCUUUGGAUGUGAUUGGGUUCUUGCUGGCCUGUGUGGCAACUGCUGUAUUCUUGGUCACAAAACGUUGUUUGUUUUCUUGUCUAAAAUUUGUUAAAACAGGAAAGAAGAAAAAGAGAGAAUAG